AUGAAUUCCUCUCUUAAAAGCCUCGGCCGAGAGUUAAAGAAAAUAGGACUCGCUUUAGCUCCCAAGAAAUGCAAGCUCUUAGCUAUUACAGCUAAAUCUAAACUAUCUAAAGCCCUAGUCACUAUUGGACAGGAUACAAUUGCCUCGUCUACUUCUAUUGAAUACCUUGGGGGUAUAUGUACCUUUAAGGAUAAUCUUUCUUGGUCCUCUGAUAACCCAGUCAACAAAAUCUCGAAUCGACUUGCAUCAGCUAAAACUUCUAAUCUAUAUCUCAACAGUAUCACCACUACAAUUAUGUCUAAAAUUAUAUCAUUGCCUAGAUAUGCCUGUAGCUUCAAUGGAAUCAGUAAGAAUUCUCUAGACAAAGCAGAUAUUAUGGUUGCUAAUUUUAUCAGAAAGGCUAUUGGAUUAGAUUACACAUUAUCAAAAUCAGUCGUUUUUAAUUGCAAACAAAUUGGGGGUCUUGGUAUUACUCGCCCCUCUAUUUUAUUCUCUAUUGAACCUAUUUGCACAGCAGUUAGAUUAUUCAAUUCCUCAUCCUCCAUCACCAAAAAUAUAGCUUUGGCUGCUUGGAAAGAUACUACUUUUAACGAACCAUUUUGGAACCACGUGAAAAAUAUUGCUGCUCAAAAUAAUUGGUCUCUCCAAUACAUUGAUGAACGAUAUUCAUUUGUCAAUGAAUACGAAACCCCUGUCGACCCUAGAACUGAAUUGCUAAACAGUGAUAGAUCAACCAUGAGCAUUUCUGGCCUUGGAACCUUAGACCAUAAUAGAAUCUGGCAUCCAUGUACCAUCUCCUUUUGGAACAAUUAUUCACUCAAACCAUUCCAGCAACGACUGUUAUUUGCUCACCUGCACAAAGCAGAAAUCCUUAGAAAUUUCGGAAAAGAUUACCCUAAUUGCCACAUUUGCAACACCAAAGCCAACUGGGAACAUGUAUUCACCUCAUGCGCCAUGUGUAGCCCAGAAAUCAAAUCAUUAUACACAAAAUGGGACAAUAGUUCCCUCAAAUUCAACGCCCCGCUUGUCAGACUUCCCUCUAACCAUUCUCUCUCUUGUAUUCCAAUGGAGUGGAAUGGUAGUAUCAAAGACGAAUCUCUCCAACAACUAGACCUAUCUCCCCCAGCCUUGACUGAUUGGCUAAAUGAAAUAUAUCUCUCAUUCGCUGCUUAUGUUGGCAGUUGUUACAAAAACGCCACUUGGAACAGUUCUACUGUACUCAAGAAGGCUAGAGGAUAUAUAAUUAAACCCAAAACUGCAAAAUUUGCAACUGCUUGGGAAACAUGUAGCAAUCAGCUUGGCGAACUCAACUCCGACAACAUUUAA